ACAGACAACAGGACUGCCAAGCCGAAGAAGUUGUGCUGUUGAAUUCAAAGGAGUCUCAGGCAGAGCUGGGUUGGACCUCACACCCUUCCAAUGGAUGGGAGGAGAUCAGCGGGGUGGAUGAGAAGUACAAGCCCAUCCGGACCUACCAGGUGUGCAACGUGAUGGAGCCCAACCAGAACAACUGGCUGCAGACGGGCUGGAUCUGGCGGCAGAACGGGCAGCGCAUCUUCAUCGAGCUGCAGUUCACCCUGCGCGACUGCAACAGCAUCCCCGGCGUGGCGGGCACCUGCAAGGAGACCUUCAACCUGCUGUACGCCGAGUCCGACUGGGACCUGGGCCGCGUGGCGCGCGAGGACCGCUACACCAAGAUCGACACCAUCGCGGCCGACGAGAGCUUCACGCAGGGAGACCUGGGCGAGCGCAAGAUGAAGCUCAACACGGAGGUGCGUGAGAUCGGCCACCUCAACCGCAAGGGCUUCCACCUGGCCUUCCAGGAUGUGGGCGCCUGCGUGGCGCUGGUGUCCGUGCGCGUCUACUACAAGCGCUGCCUGUCCACCGUGCAGAACCUGGCCAUCUUCCCCGACACGGUGGCAGAGGCCGCCUUCGCCACGCUGGUGGAGGUGCGCGGCACCUGCGUCAACAACUCGGAGGUGGACACGGACAGCCCUCCCAGGAUGCACUGCAGCGCCGAGGGGGAGUGGCUGGUGCCCAUCGGGAAGUGCAGCUGCAGCGCCGGCUUCGAGGAGGGCCACAGCAGCUGCGAGGCCUGUCCUCCCGGCUCCUACAAGAUGUCUUCCCGCCAGCAGGAGUGCUUCCCCUGCCCCGCCCACAGCAUGGCGGAGGAGGAGGGGUCAGUGCUGUGCGUGUGCGAGGAGGACCACUUCCGCACCCCGCUCGACAACCCCUCCGCCCCCUGCACACGCCCACCCUCCCCGCCCAGAGACCUGGUGUACACCCUGAAGCAGUCCACCCUCGUCCUGGAAUGGGCCGCCCCGGCAGACACAGGGGGACGAGGGGACCUGUCGUACAGCGUGGGCUGCAGCCGGUGCGUGGGGCCCCCCCGGGCCCCCCAGCGGCAGUGUGAGCCGUGCGGGCCCAGCCUGGGCUUCGUCCCGCAGCAGAGCGGCCUGACGGAGCGCACCGUCACCAUGGUCAACCUACUGCCCCACACCAACUACACCUUCACCGUGGAGGCCCUCAACGGGGUGUCCGAGCUGCUGCCCAACAAGAGGUUCUACGCCCAGGUCAACGUGUCCACCAGCCUGGCAGCGCCCUCUCUGGUGGGUGAGCUGCGAGCCGAAAAGAUCGAGCAGCGCAGCAUCACUCUGGUGUGGACGGAGGCCACUCAGCCCAACAGGAGCCGCACGGAGUACGAGAUAAAGUACUACGAGAAGGAACAGAAGGAUCAGAGCUACUCCACUGUGAAGACGGCCGCCACUCGCGUCAGUGUCAACAACCUCAAACCUGGCACCACCUACGUCUUCCUCAUCCGCCCCUGCUCUGCCCCCUCCUCAUCCUCGCUGUCUUCCUCCCCCCUCUCUUCCUCCUCCUCCUCUUCAGCCUCUUCUUCCUCCUCUCCGCCAGACUAUGGAGCCUACAGCCCCCCACUAGAGCUGCAGACACUGGGCGAGUUGGCGCUGGCCUCGAGUGAGCAGAACCCGGUGGUCAUCAUUGUGGUGGUGUCAGUGGCCGCCCUCAUAAUGCUGCUGUCCAUGGGAGUGGGCCUGCUCAUAUGGAGGAGCAGUCUCUUCAGAUCCUCCAAUAUAGCGCCAACUAACGUGGUCCUGCUCUCCACCUCCUUCUCUGCUACACCUUCUCCUCCUCCUCCUUCUCUUCCUCCUCUCUCCACGCAGCUGUCUCCCAGGCAAUGCGGAUACAGCAAGGCGAGCCAGGAGGGGGAUGAGGAGCUGUACUUCCAGUUUAAGAUCCCGACUCGGAGGACAUACAUUGACCCUGAGACGUGUGAGGAUCUGGUCCAGGCAGUUCAUGUGUUUGCUAAAGAGCUGGAUGACUCCAGUGUGAAGAUUGACAGGAUCAUCCACACAGGCGAGUUUGGGGAAGUGUGCCGCGGGUGUCUGAAGCUUCCUAGCAAGCGGGAGUUGCCAGUGGCGAUAAAGACGCUCCGUGCCGGCUGUUCCGAAAAGCAGAGGCGGUCUUUCCUGAGCGAGGCUGGAAUUCUGGGACAGUUUGACCACUCGAACAUCAUCCGCCUGGAGGGGGUGAUCACCAGAGGUAACACCAUGAUGAUCGUGGUGGAAUGGAUGUCCAAUGGGGUUUUGGACUCCUUCCUCAGGAAGCACGAGGGCCAGCUGAGUGUGCUGCAGCUGGUGGACAUGCUGGGCGGCGUUGCCGCGGGGAUGAAGUACCUGACGGAGAUGGGCUUUGUGCACCGGAGACUCGCCGCUCACAAGGUGCUGGUCAACAGCAGCCUGGUGUGCAAAGUGUCAGGCUUCCGCCCCCUGCUGGAUGACAAGGUGGAGGCGGUCUACACAACACUGCACGGUGGAAAGAGUGCAGUGUUGUGGACUGCCCCAGAGGCCAUCCAGUACCACCGCUACAGCUCCGCCUCUGACGUCUGGAGUUUCGGGAUCGUAAUGUGGGAGGUCAUGUCCUUCGGGGAGAGGCCCUACUGGGACAUGGGCAACCAGGAUGUAAUCAAGGCGAUUGAGGACGGCUUCCGUUUGCCCGCCCCGAUGAACUGCCCCGCCCCCUUGCACCAGCUGAUGCUGGACUGCUGGCAGAAGGAGCGCAAUGAGAGGCCCAAGUUCAGCCAGAUCCACAGCGCUUUGAGCAAGACCGUCAGGAGCCCCGAUGCCAUCGGCUCCUCCACAUUAUCGCGCAGGACGCUCAGCUCCUCCAUCUCCCUAGCGGAGCGCUCCCUCCCCUCCUUCCCCUCCUUCAGCUCUGUGGGUGAGUGGCUGGAGGCCGUGGACAUGGGCCGCUACAAGGACAACUUCACCGCCGCCGGGUACUGCUACCUGGAGUCCGUCGCCCGCAUGACCGUCCAGGAUGUGCUGAGUUUGGGGAUCACUUCUUUGGAUCACCAGAAGCAGAUCCUGGCAGCCAUUCAGACUCUGAGGGCGCAGGUCAUCCAGAUGCAUGGCAGAGGGGUGCAGGUGUAGCAGACAGACACUGACAGACAGACAGGCAGACGGAGAGAUGACCGCUGAGAGGAGUGAGAGAGAGACUCUGCACAGGCCGGGCUCAGCCCCCUGCAGGCUGAGGGAUCAGUGGGACUGACCCCUCCACUCCACAGUAUUACUCUCCUCCUCCUCUUCCUCCUUCUCCUUCCUCUCCUCUGGAAUACGCUCCCGGUGCUGCCACAGUCUCACCCAGUCACAUGAUAUCCGCACUCUUGUGUCCGGUGGUCUGGGGCAGAGCCACAUCUGCACACCCCGGCCCAGGUACCCAGAGCAGAACCCGCAGACAAAGCCUGCUCUCUGAAUCUGAUCCUGGAUCAGCAGCUCAAAGCCCCAUGAUCAGAACACUGGGGAACAGGAUCUUAAACUAUGUGAUCAGCAUUGUCUAGGAAACAGGGACUGCAGUCAGAUUAUCCAAGCUUUCUCCCGCAGCAGGGACAAAAAAAACCAUGUGACCAUUACUGUGCAGAGGCUAGAAUAACAAGAUCGAAGCACAAUCUCCGAUCAGGAUCUUAAGCGCUGCCGUAAGCCCUGUCAGAGAACAAAACCCAAAACCACCCGGGCCCUGGCCAGCCACACGGGCCAUCAUCACAUGGUCAGUACCCUGGAUACCCUGCACCAGAGUGGACGUGAACAGAGGCGUGACUCCACUGCUGUCUGGAUCAACCAAUCAAAACCCCAGGAAACGGAGGUGAAUCAUUCAGGAAAACCAUCUCAGUAUCAAACCGCCGGAAACAAAUAAAAGAAACUUUGUAAACCAAGACUCAGAAAGGUUUUAUGUUCCAUUUCUCUGUUUGUCUGUUUGCCACGUUUGGUCAUCGGUUACUCCUCUUAUGAUGGUAUUGGUUAUAACUUCCCUCAGCCUUGUCCCUC